AUGAGUGACAUACGAAAUUUUUUGCAAAAGAAACGCAAGAUAGAAUUAAGUCCAUCAAGUAUAAAUGAAGGCAAUCAUGACAUAGAUAUUGGACUGUAUUUGAAUUCCUACGUUGAUGACGAAUUACGUUUAAAGUUAUUGAAGGACCCCUGGGUUCCAUCAAAAACAUAUGACUUCAAAAAAGAUUUGACCAACGGCUCUACGAGAGUAUUUCGUAUAGAAUGGUUUGCACUUUAUCCAUGGCUAAGUUACUCAGCUGUUUCUAAAGGCCCACUAUGUCGCGUUUGUGUAUUAUUUCGACCUCGAGUACAUAGAGGUGUUCAAGGAGUAUUCAUUGUUUCACCAUGCAUAAAAUAUCAAAAAUUUAACGAGGUUUCAAAGGCUCAUGAAAUUAGUAUUUGGCAUAAAGACGCAAUUAAUGCGUCACAACAUUUUUUAAACUCAAAAGAGAGAAAACAAUUGAGUGUUCAUGAGCAAAUAGAUUCGGCAUUUAAUAGAGAAAUAGAAGAAAACAGGGUGAAACUUCGUUCUAUCAUAUCGUCAAUCUUAUUUUGUGCAAAGCACGAUCUUCCACUAAGAGGUAAAAAUGACGAAGGUUCAGUUUUUACAGAUUUAUUACAAUUCCGUGUCGAAUCGGGGGAUGAGGUUUUGAAUAAGCAUUUAAAGUCUGGAGCUAAAAAUGCGUUAUAUAUCUCACAUGAAGUUCAAAAUGAACUAAUUAAAACUUGUGCUAAUGUACUUCGACAAAACAUUAUUGAAGAAGUGAAACUUUCAUCUGUUUUUUCGGUCUUAGCUGACGAGACUGCCGAUAUAAGUGGCACCGAACAAUUGUCAAUAGGUGUUCG